GCCGCAUCUGCUCUGCCUCUUCAAAACAUAAAGAAGGAGGCGCUUGGUAGCCUGGUUAGCGCCCUUGGUUACCGUAUCCACCGCAACGCACAGUUAGCAUAUAUCAAGUCUACGAUGGUUAGUCUAAUAGCUUAGGGUAGCUAACAACAACAACACCAGCUUCACUUUGUAAUGUAAAGUACACAAAAACACCGCGUUAUGACAGGUAGUGUUGUGCUAUUAGUUUAUUAGCUUUUCUCCGAUAGUUUGUACUCGUAGAGUGGACGACAAGCUAAGGUAAGGUAAGAGGCUAACGCUGGAGUUGCGUUAAAGUAUACGCGUUAAAACUGUCGUUGGUCUACUAGUAAAGGGGACAUAAUACAUCACAGUGGCUAGUGUAACCCCUACCUAUAGCUAGCAGCGUCAGAGUAUAAUGCAUUAAGAAACCUAACUUGGAGUUAUAAGAGGUGUACUCACAAAAAUAGAGUUGUCAUUGGUGAGCGUGUUGAAAUCAACGAUGGAGAAGGAGCAGCACAACACAGUCGUCUUUAACAGCUCCAAAAGAGAGCUCUUCACUGCUAACAGUGGAUACAAGAGCAUGCAGAAGAGACUCCGAGCUCAGUGGAAGAUACAAACGUGAGUGUUGCUCUAUUAUCUCCCUUGUGUUUGAUCCACUGAACAUUUCCUCGGUUCAGAGAUGAUUUCGAGACAAACCGUCUUUUUUUUUAAAGUGAAUGUUGUCUUUUCCAGCAUGAAGGACGAGCUGACUCUGGAGAGGCUGAGGGGCGUCAAGUUGUGGAUAACUGCGGGUCCAAGGGAGAUGUUCACAGCAUCAGAGGUAAUGAAGUUUUGAUUCAGGAUUAAUCAGUAAAACUGUCAACAUGAUCUCAGUUAAUUUAACAUAAUGUAACAUCUCUUGGUGUAGGAGAUAGUGGGCAUGUCGAACACAGCAGCCAUAUCAAAAUGUACUCAAAGCUGCUGACAGUAGUUCUUGUUCUGUGGUUCUUUUGACUCCACUUAUGGGCCAAUUUAUACCUUUUAUUACUUUACUGAUCUUCUCCUUUACAUGCCAAGGUAGCAUUUUCUAACAACAACAACAACAAAAUCUAAUUAUACUUCUUUCAAAACAGUCAACAUGUGUUAGAAUUUGAUUUAACCCAGUCUUGUUGAUGAUAGUCUUGUUUGUUUCAAUAGGUUAUUGAGAGACAACAUUUUUAAUAUGGAUCAUUUUUGCAGCCACCCUCUGAGCAAUAGACAGCUAUUAGACGUCUAUUUUUUUUUCAGACCUAAUUUCAACCGUCUAGAUUCUGUAUAUUUUUAGACAGAAUUUAGACGGUUGCACUUUAACCCAUUAUUCGAUAACUAUUUAUCUCAAAAAGCAACCGUGAGUUGCGUAACUGAUCUCCAAGUAUUUAACCAAAAUAAUAAUGAUAGUCGUUGAGCAAAAUACAGUGUAGUUUAGAUAUAGCCCAGAUUUAGACUUGGUCCAAACUUGGUCUAAAUUUAGACGUCUAAAAAAAUUUUCAUUUUUACACCUGUGGUCCAGACCAGCCGUCUAGGCUACAUUUAGACGUCUAUUAGACCUCUUUUAGACCAAAAAAUGCUCAGAGGGCAGUUAAUAACUCCUCACAGGGAUUUAAGUUUGGUCACUAUAAUGGUCGACACUGAAGUUAUUGUACUUUUAUAAAUUCAUUGCAGCUGGAAGCACUGAAGCACUUCCUGGAUGGGGGAGGAAACGUUUUGGUGAUGCUUGGUGAAGGAGGAGAAAUGAAAUAUGAGACCAAUAUUAACUAUCUCCUGGAGGAAUACGGGAUUCAGGUCAACAACGGUAUAUUGUACAAGCUGUUAAAACUGCAUUUGAUACUAGGGGUGUCCUGAUACGAUAUUGAUAUCGGUCUGAUAUCAGCAAAAAACGAAUAUCGGAUUAUAUCGGCUUGCACUCCGAUACAAGCAGUCCAUUUUAGGCUCUGCUCCGGUAUCUCUAUCUAGCAGCGCCCUAAUCCAGCAAGCUGAGCCCACAAAAUCACAACAACUGUGUGUACUAAAGUACUAACAAAGUAGCAAAGAGCAAGAGUUAUGUCAGCCUUGUGGCAGUUUUUUUUGUUUAAGUCCAAAAAAGACAUAGCAGCUGAGUCAAAAACAUGUCAUGCACAAUUUUGUGCCAAUAUCGUAUCAACAUCGGUAUUGGUCAAUAUCUGUAUCGUAUCGAAAGUCUAAAAGUUGUAUCAGGACCCCCCUAUGUGGUUGUGAGUGUUUUAUUGUCCGACAAAAGUUAAAGUGAAUUCUUCCCCGUCUUUUUUUCUGUCACUACCCCAGAUGCUGUUGUGAGGAACGUGUAUUAUAAAUAUUUCCAUCCCAAAGAGGCGCUUGUUUCUAAUGGUGUAUUAAACAGGUUUGUCACCACAGUCGAAGAUUUUUCUGUAGCCAGUGUUUCCAUGAAUUUAGAUCGCUCAUUAAGUUCUGUUUGUCUUUUUCUUGUCCAGAGAGAUCAGUCGGGCUGCUGGUGAAGUGAUCACCGGGAGCAUUGAAGAUGAGAAUGUUGGAAACAAUGCACAGUAAAACAUGAACUUUCCCCCCUUUUGAUUAGACAAGGCUUUCUAAUGUAGUGUUUGCAUGACUUAAAGGAGGUCUUUUCUGUCUUAAAUUAUAUAGGGCUCUCACAUUUGUGUACCCAUAUGGUGCCACUCUGGAUGUGAGGGAACCUUCUGUGGCUGUUCUUUCAACUGGCUCAGUCUGCUUUCCCCUCAAUAGGCCUGUCAUGGCCUUUCAUCAAGUAAAGGUAGGAGGUUUAACAAAGUUUUCAAACUCCUCAGGCCACACAGUAUGAAUGACGUUAGACUAGGGCUGGGUGAUAUGGGAAAAAGUUUAUCACGAUAUAUUUGAUAUAAAAAAUCACUUAAAUAAAAAUUAACAGUGCGUAUUGGUGGCAUGUCCUUGCAAUACAAUAAGCUACUGCAUCUGUGAGGUCUUUGUGUCUCUUCUGUCGUAAGGCGUUGCGCUAGAGAAAGCGGACUGAAUAGUUGGCUGCACAUGCACCAUUGGCUGCUUUGCACUUGCUCCGCUUGGGGUUUGUAACAUUUUUCAUUACACGUGCUCUGCUUCAGGUGGUGAAAAAGAUUUGAGAUAUUCCCCGACUUUGCGACAUAAUUUGCAGAGCACAUUAGUCUGCUUCAUGUCUGACCUCAAAAAACCAAAAUACCUCCACGCCACCAGUGUUUUCACGCCAGUGUUGACGAUAAUUUCAUCAUUUGUUGAGCCUUCAUCUGCAUUUCUGCCGGGGGUGGCACUCGCUUUCUUUUUUUCUCACUGACAGUGCUGUCAGCUUCACCUGUUAAAGUGCUGUGGUUGUGUGUAGCUGCAGCCUGCUAAUACGCAGUUGUUUGCCACUUGGUUCUAAUUCAGCACAUUUUUGGUUCAGCGCAAAGCGGACCCGGAGCAACUCCCCUUUUCAUUGGCUAUCAUAUAGUCUACCAAAACAUGGCAGAUUGCUGGCUAUCGAAAAGCAUAUUGACCAUGUUUCAUAUUGAUAUUGAGGGAAAUAAGUUUUCGAUACAGAUCGUUUUAUCGCCCAGCCCUACUUUAGACUGAGCUGACAGAUGACUGAAUGAGAUGAGUGUGUGUCUCAACCCCUGAAAUGAUAUAUAAAAAGGUUCUUGCAUAUUUUGAAGGAGGCUGGCCAGCUGGUGGUGUCUGGUUCCUGCCACAUGUUCAGUGACCAGUACAUAGACAAAGAGGAGAACAGCAAAAUCCUUGUGAGUCCAGUUAAUUUUUUGACAGCAUGUCACAUAAGUAGAACAGUAUUCUCUUCUGGUAUAAAGCAUAUUUUUACUCACACAAAGUCUGUUUUACUCUUUGUCCUAGGAUGUUGUGCUCCAGUGGCUCAUGACUGAUAAUAUUGAGCUGAAUCAGAUUGACGCUAAAGACCCAGAGGUGAGAACACAUACUUGACAUUUUAAUGACAUCAUUGGAACAGUCAUCAAAGUACACUUACAUCCACCUCCUCCCGACUUUAGAUCACAGACUACACCAUGUUGCCAGACACAGGCUGCUUGUCAGAACAGCUGAGAGUGUGCCUACAGGAGGGCGAUGAAAACCCCAGAGACUUCACCUCUCUCUUUGAUAUGUCUUUGUGUCAUUUUACAACAGAUACUUUGCCCCAAGUCAUCAGGUGAGAAUGCUGAAUACUUGUCUGAAUAUUAACUCUGUGACCACAUGAAUUAUAGAGAACUUCUCUCCGCAGUGCAUACAAGCAGCUAAAUGUCAAAAAUGAGCCGCUUCAGCUCAUCACUCCCCAGUUUGAAACUCCACUGCCGCAGCUACAGCCUGCUGUGAGUCAAAGUUCUGUGUUCUUGUUGCAGCUGAUGUUUUUCCUGCAUUUUAAUAAGUUGUGCAUUUGUACUCAAAUGAAAUGUGAAGGGAACAGGUAGUUUGAUACCUUCAGGCUUAGACUCAAAACUGGAUGCUUCAUUUUCUAGGUAUUUCCACCUACUUUAAGCGACCUGCCUCCACCCAUGCUGGACCUGUUUGAUCUGGAUGAAACGUUCUCUUCGGAGAAAGUGCGCCUGGCACAGCUCACAAAUAAAUGCAAGUUCUUUACUUUAUCCCUGGUUUUCUACACAGUUGGAAUUUCCAUACCCUACCUUUUAGAAUUAUAUUUGGAAAUACCUACUUUUCCAUUUUAGAAAACUGUAUUUUUUUACUAUGGUCAUAGUCCUGAAACCUAAAUAUUUUUCUACUUUAGUUUUCAUUAACCAUACUUUUUCAGACCUGGAUCGAUCAAAUUACUUUCAUACUUUCCAUACUUGUGUAGGAACCCCGUUAUCCUGAGAUUAGACUAAUCUGGCUAGGAUAAAGUUUUGAUCAUUUUCUAAUGUGGAUGCUCUUGUCACAGGCUCAGACGAUGAUCUUGAAUUCUAUGUCAGAAAAUGUGGAGAGAUUCUUGGGGUGACUCCGAAGUUGGAUAAAGAACAGAGGGAUGCCAAGCACAUCUUGGAGCACGUUUUCUUCCAGGUCGUUGAGUUCAAGAAACUAAAUCAGGUGAGAUCUCUUUGCAUGUGCAUAAGUGUGUUUCAGUUUACACGCAUUUCAUACAACCUCGAUUUUUCUCUCUUUACAGGAGCAUGACAUUGAAACAGAGGCUCGAUUUACUCCACUGUGAUGGGAUGCAUGAAGGUUGACUAGCACAAGUCUUCCUCGUCAGGAUGAAAGUUUACUCUCAAUUUAAAGAGAUCUGUCACAGAAGAUGAACACUAAUAACCAAGUUACAUCGGUUUCAAGAUAUUGUACAUAAAUCUAUAUUUUCAUACCUUUGCUUUUACUUUACUGAAGACAAAAUAUUAAGACGCUGUAACAUGAAGCAACUGAUCAUUUUAUUUAAACAAUAAAUCUUUAAAAAGAGUCAUUCA